AAAAAGCACAGCGAAAGUUGAAAGGAAAAGAAAUGGGGUUUCGCAUUCAUUAACAGUGCGCCUCGAGAUCGGGUCUAGGGUUCCUCAUCUUCUUCAAUUUCCACCUCCCUUCAUCGUCCAUACUUCAUACCAUUUACUCAUCUCCGGCAAUUCACAGUUCACAUACAGCUGCUGAUCGAUUCUUUCACUACAAUUCAAAGGUUUUUGAUAACAUAUAUUAGUGAUUUGUGGAAAAGGUGUGAUCCUAGGGCUUCAUAUAAGGUGUGAUAUCGUAGGCUGUUCCAAAUGCCGGAGGAAGAUGUUUUAGAGCUCAAGUUUCGGUUGCUUGAUGGAUCGGAUAUUGGUCCAUUUCGAUACUCUCCGGCUUCCACAGUUGCCAUGCUCAAGGAGAGAAUUGUUGCCGAAUGGCCCAAAGAUAAGAAAGGCGGACCCAAAUCAGCAAAUGACAUAAAAUUAAUAAAUGCGGGGAAAAUUUUGGAAAACAACAAAACUGUUGGGCAGUGCAGAACACCUUUUGGGGAGCUUCCAAAAGGGGUAAUUACAAUGCAUGCUGUUGUACAGAUGUCUUUAACCAAAGCAAAAACAGAAAAAAAGAUGGAUGAGGCUCCAAAGACAAACGUCUGCGCGUGUACCAUAUUGUAAGAAGUUAUUGAGUUUGUUUGUUGGUUGAGAUUUAUCUGGUGGGUGGGGGGCCAUUGUUUGGGGCUCUGUGGAAUCAAUCGGGUGGACUGGUCUGGGGAAAAUAAUGUCAUACCAUAUAAUUGUUGCGCAGUGUGGGGGAAAGUCUGGUUGGUGUAAACAUAUAAAAUCCUUUAUUGUUGUUGUCGUUAUCAUGUGUAGUGAGUGUGUGUGUGUGUGUGUGUUUUAUGUAAAAUUUGUUGCUUUAAGUUGCUGUACAUUUGUGGCUUCGGCUUCAGUGAAUACAAGUAAUCCUCAUUGGCUUCUUUUCCUCUA